CAUUACCUCCAUUUCAUAUCUUCACCUCAACUUACACUACGCUGGACUUUCACGGAUUCUGUUGCAAAAAUGAGUAACGGAGAACAACCCAGCGUGACCACUGAACCCCAUAUAGUCAAAGAAGAGGUGAUAGCUUCAGGAAAAUGGGUGAAGCUGGAGAAGACCACGUAUGUUGACCCACUUGGUAACACUAGAAUAUGGGAGACUGUGAAACGGACCACCAGGCAAGCCACACAAGCAGAUGGUGUUGGGAUCAUUGCUUUAUUAAAGAGGACACUCCAUAAAGACUGCGUUGUGAUGGUGAAGCAGUUUCGUCCUCCUAUGAGUGCAUACUCACUGGAGUUUCCUGCAGGGUUAAUUGACGAGGGAGAGACUGCUGAGGCGGCUGCUCUCAGGGAACUGAAGGAAGAAACUGGCUACAAAGGAGAAGUAGUGGGAGUCACUCCAGUGACCUGUCUGGACCCUGGACUGUCCAACUGCACCACUCAGAUAGUCAUGGUAAACAUCAAUGGGGAUGACUCUGAGAAUAUUCACCCAACUCAACAGCUAGGUGAAGGAGAGUUUGUGGAAGUAAUACUCUUGGCUCUUGAUGAAUUUCAAGGCAAAAUAGAUGAGCUGAUUAAGAAGGAGAAGAUCAUAGUAGAUGCAAAAGUGUACAUCUAUGCCAUGGGGAUGGCACAGGCUUUCUUCAAACCAAGGGAGCUUCCUAUUCUCAAGCAGUAA